CAUAGAUACACACAUCAGAACACAUAAGAAGCAAAACAAAAACAUAAGAGAGUGAUGGGAGGUUGUAAUAGAAUAAUUGUAUUGUUGUCAUUGCUUCUUGUGGCAGCAGUUUCCAGAAGCUCAGCUCAACCACUGAGGCGUAACUUCUACAGCCAAACAUGCCCCAAUGUUGAGCAGUUGGUCCGCUCCGCCGUCGCGAAUAAGUUCCAGCAAACCUUUGUUACUGCUCCGGCCACCCUUAGACUCUUCUUCCAUGAUUGCCUUGUCAGGGGUUGUGAUGCAUCGAUUUUGAUACAAUCUCCAAAUAACAAAGCAGAGAAAGACCAUCCAGAUGAUAUAUCACUAGCUGGUGAUGGAUUUGACACAGUGGUUAAAGCCAAGGCUGCAGUUGAUAGCAACCCUCAGUGCCGUAACAAAGUGUCUUGUGCUGAUAUUCUUGCUCUUGCUACUAGGGAUGUUGUCAACUUGGCAGGGGGUCCAUUUUACAAUGUGGAAUUGGGAAGGCGUGAUGGAAGAAUCUCUACCAUAGCCAGUGUUCAACGCCAUCUUCCUCAUCCUGAAAACAAUUUGGAUCAGCUCACUUCCUUCUUUACCUCUAAUGGCCUCUCUCAGACUGAUUUGGUUGCAUUGUCAGGAGCACAUACAAUUGGAUUCUCUCACUGUGGGAAGUUCUCAAAUAGGAUAUACAAUUUCAGCCCAAGAAACAGAAUUGACCCAUCAUUGAAUCUACAAUAUGCAUUCCAGCUUAGACAAAUGUGUCCACUGAAAGUUGAUCCAAGAAUUGCCAUAAACAUGGACCCAGUCACACCCCAAAAGUUUGACAACCAAUACUUCAAGAACUUGCAGCAAGGAAAGGGUCUCUUCACCUCUGAUCAGGUGCUCUUCACAGAUCCAAGGACUAAGUCAACGGUCAACUUGUUUGCAUCAAAUGAAGCAGUAUUUAACAAUGCCUUUAUUAAUGCCAUCACUAAGUUGGGUAGGGUUGGUGUCUUAACUGGUAAUCAAGGUGAAAUUAGGAUUGAUUGCACCAGGCCCAACUAAACAAAUCAAAUCUAGUAGUACUUUCUUUUUUGAUGUUGUAUGUAACUAUUUAUUUGUUGAUUCCUUUUUCCAUUAAUAAAUGCUGUCAUGGCAUCAUCAUCAUUCCUUAAUUGCAACAUACUGAUGAGUCUGUUAUGUAAACGAAGCUAUUCUAUAUUUA